CCCCCCGCAACAAGCAAUCACAACCCAGCGGCAUUGGUUGGAUGCACACGAGAACAUCGGUACACCCCCCCAGGUAUUCCCCAAACAGCCAGACGUAUCUCCAGCAAGCUCUUUCAGCAUGCCCACUACUCCGGCGGGUGGCAAGGAGAACAUUGGCAGCGGCGACCCAGACGCCAACAUUACCAAGGCCCCAAAGCCUGCUCGCCGUGGCGUAGGCCCGCGGAGUGGGACGAAAAACGCCUCUCCCCGGGUUUCUAUCGCCGGCUCUUCUGUUGGGCUAGUCGCUGCAAAGAAGUCGUCCGCGGUGUCUCCCGCGCCAUCGAAGACGCGGCCGGCGGCGGCUAGGCCAUCGAGCAGCAGCAGCAGCAGGAGCAGGAGCACGGCCAUUGCCGCCACAGGCCCUCGUGCUCUCGCCGCCAAGGCCUCCUCUUCGGGCCGAGGGGUAACGGCAGCAGCGUCGGCUCGGCAAGGCUCUGCUGCGGGCAAGCCCCAGAUGCAGCAGAAGCAGAAGCGGUUGCGGCCGGCGGUGCUGGUGUCCUCGCCGGCGCCGCCUCGUGUAGCAUGCGAUGUGAGCGGCAGCAGCGGCGGAAGCGGUAGCGGCGGCGGCGGCGGAAAGAAGAGGAAGAGCGCCGUUGUCGGGGGUGAGGGGUGCGGGAAGAAGCAGCAGCAGCAGCGGGGGUCGAUGGGCAGGAAGAGGCUCCAGCCCAACAAGGAAAAAAACAGGCAGACCAAGGUCAUCAGUCACCCGGCGGCGAGGUCAAGCGCCCCGCCUCUCCGCUUACCCUCUCGAGGCCGAUCGGAUUUCGAUUUCGAUUCCGACGACUCAGCGGCGGACGACGAAAACCGUGCGUGGAAUGCCGUACCCGCAGCGGUGGAGCCGGCGAGCAGGAAGAAGGCACGGGGCGGGGGUGCUGCCGGGAACAAGGUGAAGCGAAUGCGUGCAUCGUCGGGCGGCAGGCGAGAGGCGGCGGACGGUAGCAGAGCGCGACCCCUGGAGGGGUUUGCGGCAACGAGUCCGGCCCCUGGCACCCGCGGUGCAGGCACGAAAGCGACGACGACCGCAGCUAGUCCUUCCUCUUCUCCGAAGCAGACGGCUCACCACAGCAGUACUUCAACGGCAAGGAGCGGUGGUGGCAGCAGCGAGGCUAGUGCAUCAUUCUCUCCGCGGGGACCGUGGCGCCUCGGCGCUCUGUUCGCAGACUCAGACGACGACGACUCCGAGGGAGACGGGGAGGGGGGCGGGGGUCUCGCAGGGUGCAACUGGAGGCUGUCUGAUGACGAGAACGAAGGCGACGACGAGAUCGACCUGCACAAGAGGAGGAGCCCACGGCGGUUUGCUGCCAGGAAAGAGGGUCCCGUGUCUGCCAGGAAAAAAAUGCGCAGGGCGAGCGGCGGCGGCGGCGGCGGUAGGGGAAGCGAUGGAUGCAAUUCCGCUGGCGGUAGUGGCGGCCGGGGGGGAGGUAGUGGAGCCAUGGUGGAGAAGGCUGGUGGUGGUGCCGACGGUAGUCUCUCGCCGUCCGUCCCCGUCGUCGAUGGUACAGCUGCUGGCGGUAGCCCAGGCAAGGCUUCGACGAGCCAGCAGGGCAUCGAGGAGCAGGCGGAGCAUGCCGAGCUGGAAGCGAUUCGAGCGCAGUUCAGGAAGGUGGACUCCCACCGUCUGAGCCUGUCGCGCUAGACAGUGUCGUGUGAUGUGCCGGCCGCGCGGCGGACGGGACCCCCCGGUAUAGGCAACGCGCUCUUGCAUGUGGCAUACGGCGGUAUUGCGAGUACCGGUGGUGCGGCGGGACUGUUGAGAAUGUCCGGAGAUAGAUAGAUAUUGUGGUUCCAGGGAGGUAGGCGUGCGGCACCCCCUUGUUGUCUUUGAAGUGAUGCAUGCUACGCUGGCGCGGAGCGACCCUGAGGGCUGCGAAGAAAGGGCGAUGGGGGUUGGUCAUGCAGCGGAUCAAUGUGCAGCUAUUUCAAAUGAGGUGUUUCACUGUUGUAAGUAAGGGUUUCCUCGGUAUUUACGAGGAGUUACGUUUGAAUGUUCCGCAGGGGCCUCGGAGAGAGAGAGCGUUUUGACUCAAAAAUGUUUGGAUGUGUGACCGUCGCUCGUCCUUAUGGGUGUUAAAACGAGAGGAACGGCAGUACGAGCCAGUGUAGAAUAUCGGCGAUGGUGGUCUUACCUUGUGUAGUUGCAGAUGGUAUGUGUUGUGUACACUAGUAUGUUGUCGGCAUCUAGCCCUCGCAAAAGUCAGGCUUUGCGUCCCUCGUGAGCGGGACGCGCUGCUUCCGGCUGUGGCUUUGAGACGCCGUGGAGGCGACACGAGACCCGGUCAAGGCGUGCUGGGUACUUUGUCAGCGUGGACGUUGAGAGGGUUGGAGUCGGAGAACAGCAAGAGCGAUUUUCUUGGCAGCAUUGGAAGUUGGCUAGGAAAGAAAUAUAUAUGUUCUACAAGACUCGCGUGCGCACUCCCGGUGCAGUCAAGGUAUCUUAGUGAGGGGUGUUGUAGCGCUUCGUUGUGGGGAGAAAGGGGUUCGAAGAAGCUCAUCACGGACGCGUCACGUAGUGUUGUUUCUCGGUAUUCAAAGGGCUGUGUUGUGUGCAUCAAACAGGUUCAGAAGGCCACAAGAGCUCGGAGCACGGGCCGCCCUUGCCUGUGUGGUUGUGCCCUCUCGGUGCCACUGCAUUUCCACGUAAUAGUAGAUGCACCGCGUGCCUUUGUAGCUUUUCGGGUCCAACCCAAAAUAUUGUCUUGUGCUCACUCGCAGCACUCUUUCGAUGAACAGUAAACAUCGCAUACCGGACGUACAAGCUGUAGAGUCUGUGUCUUCGGUAGGACAUCCGUUUCGUGCACGAGGGGCUGAACGUCUUUGCAGAAUCAAUCUUCCACCUUGCGAGUAGUUUUCGGAGACGAAGAAGUGGCUGUAUUUUUUUUUUUGCGAAU